UGUGAGGCGCCUCGGGGCCGUGUGCCGGGCUGUGGGAGCUGCUUGCGGGGCGCGGGCGAGCCCCGAAGCCGGGACAUGGACAUGGUGGCCUUUGAGGAUGUGGCUGUGAACUUCACCCAAGAGGAGUGGGCUUUGCUUGGUCCUUCUCAAAAGAAUCUGUACAGAGAUGUGAUGCUGGAGACCUGCCAGAACCUCAGUGCUGUUGGAAUCAAAUUGAAAGACCAGAGCACUGAAGAUGAUCCUAAAAAUCGUAGAAAGAACAUAAGAAGUUUCAUUGUAGAGACACUCUAUGAUAACAAAGGUGAUACAUUUGGAGACACCUUCAGUGGAAUAUCACAUCUCAGUAUGCACACAGAAACUUUUAUUGGAGUAAAUCCAUGUGAGUGCAGUAUGUGUGGGAAAGUUUUCUUAUGUUAUUCAUCCCUUAACAGGCAUAACCUUUCUCAGUCUGGAUACAAACCAUACAAGCAUGAGGAAUAUGGAAUGGCACGAUAUAAAUGUAAACUAGAUGAAAAUACCCUAAGUUCUCUUAGAGGUAUUCAAACUUCCAUGAGAACUCCCACUGUGGAAGAACCUUGUGAAUAUGAGAUGUGUUUAAAAUCCUUAGGUUUGCAUAGAUUAUUGGGAACAGAUACACAAACUGACAGCGAAGAGAUGCCUUAUGAAUACAAGGAAUGUGGGAAGGCUUCUGUUUGUCCUAGCUCACUUUGCACACAAGGAGGAACUCACAGUGCAGCAAAAUGUAAUGAAUGUAAUCACUGUGGAAAAGCUGUGAGUUCUCCCAGUUCCCUUGAAAGACAUGAAAGAAUUCAUACUGGAGAAGGGCCCUUUGCAUGUAAACAAUGGGGAAAAGUCUUGAGACAUCACAGUUCUUUUAAACACCAUAAAAUAAUCCAUGCUGGGGAAAAGUCUUACAAAUGUAAACAGUGUGGUAAAUCUUUCAGCCAUUACAGUUCCUUUCAUAGACAUAAAUUAGUUCACUCUGGAGAAAAGCCUUAUGAAUGUCAGCAAUGUGGUAAAUCUUUCAUGUAUCCCUGUUUGCUUCAAACACAUGAAAGAACUCAUACUGGUGAAAACCCCUAUGAAUGCAAACAGUGUGGUAAAGUCUUUAGAUAUCUCAAUUCCCUUCGGUUGCAUGAAAAAGCUCAUUCUGGGAAAAAGCCAUAUGAAUGCAAACAAUGUGGCAAAGCCUUUAGUCGUCCCAGUUACCUUCGAUCACAUGAAGAAACCCAUAAUGGAAAAAAGCCAUAUGCAUGUAAAGAAUGUGGUAAAGCCUUUAGACUUCAGAGGUACCUUCAAUUACAUGAAAGAACUCAUACUGGAGAAAAGCCCUAUAAAUGCAAAGAAUGUGAUAAAGCCUUUAGUCGUCUCAGUUCUCUUCGAUUACAUGAAGGAACUCAUACUGGGAAAAAACAUUGUAAAAAAUGUGAUAAGGCCUUACAAAGUAACCGCUCCCUGCAGUCACAUGAAAGAACUCAUCAUGGAGAAAAGCCUUAUGAAUGUAACCAAUGCGGUAAAGUCUUUAGAUAUCACAGUUCCCUUCAAUUGCAUGAAAGAGUUCAUACUGGAGAAAAACCCUAUGAAUGUAAUCAGUGUGGUAAAGCCUUCAAGGGUCAUAGUUCCCUUCAAAGACAUAAAGGAACACAUGCUUUGCAUAACCCCUAUGAAUGUAAACAAUGUGGUAAAUCUUUCAUUUAUCCCUGUUUACUCCAAAGACAUGAAAAAAGUCACUGUUGAAAAUAACUGUGAAUGUAAACAAUGGUAAGGACUUUAGACACCACAGUUUUCUUCUGUAAUGAAUUAAUAAUUCAUUUUGGAAAAAAAAAACGUAUGAGUGCAAAAGAUACUGUAAGACCUUUAGACAACAUAAUUAUCUUCAGUUGUAUGAAGAAAUCAUACCAGAGAAAAACCAUUAUGAAAUCAAUGUGGUAAAGCCUCUAUGUGUCACAGUUCACUUCAAUUACACAAACUUAUAUUGAAGAAAAAACUUAUUAAUGUAAACAAUGUGUAAGUUCUUUGUUUAACCCUGUUACCCUCAAAUAUAUGAAAGAUCCCAAACUUGUCAAUGCCAUGAAUGUAAACAAUGUGGUAAUUUCUUCUUUCAUCUAUAUUUACUUCACAUAAAAGAACUCACAGUGGUGGGGAAAACUCCGUGCAGAAUAAACUGAAUGUGAACAAUG